AUGAACAAGAAGAAGGCAUGCACCGCAUGUAGGCAGCAGAAGGCUAAAUGCGAUGCAUACUUGAGCCCACACGAUGCCUGUACGCGAUGUAAACGUCUUUCGGUGCAUUGCACUAUCGUCGAUUCAUUCGAAAGGCUUCAUAAACGCAAGAGAUUAUCGGAGCUUGAACAGGAGACAGACACUCUACGCAAGCGGCUGAUGACAGAAGAUUUUCAAUCUGUCACCAUCGAGCAACGCCACGAUCACUCCAGUCCACCUUCCCAUCCUGAAGCCUCGACAGCGAGACACCACCAUGUGUCCUCGCCUUUCCGAGAAACCGGCUCGGCGUCCAUCGCUACACCUUCUCAUGCGACUAAUGAUGCAACCUCGUACAGCCAAGCAUUGUUGACGACAACCCCUCGAACGUUAAACGAAGUGACUGUGUCCGCCAGUGAUAUCAAUGGUAUCUUUGAAUUGUACUUCCAGGAAUACUCACCGUUCCUACCUGUCCUCGAUCCCAGGCCGUCGCCAGACUUGUGCUAUCAGCAAAGCCCUCUACUCUUUUGGGCCAUUAUCGGAACAGCGUGCAGAAGUUACACGCAGAACCCAACCCUGCUAAGCGCACUUACGAAGGGCAUCACCACUUCGGCAUUGCUGUCUGCGACUGCUACUGGAUCACCUUUACAACGUGUUCAGGCAUUCUUGCUUCUCGUCACAUGGCCUCUACUCGACGCUGUUGAGACUAACCAGCAAGAGGUCAACUAUGUAUUGGCUGGUCUCCUAUUGAGUUUGGCGCAAAGAAGCGGUCUACAUGUACCUGCUGGCUCUGACGAGUUCUUCAGAGCCAAGACGCCCAACCUCCCAGACAUAGGCAUAGUCAGUCGGUCGGCUCUAUGGGCUAGAAUAGUGUUGACAUAUCAGAGGAGCUCUUUGUGCAAAGGGUUUUUGGCGCAGACUUCUUACAAUAUUUCUCCUGAGAUGAGUCAAUACCAAGCCCGACAACAAACAAUGUCUCCAGCACUGAGACUACGAAUCAAGUGGCAAGACCUUUGUGUCCAGUGUGGCUCAGCUGUAUCGGAGAAUGGAAUACGUAACCUGACUCCUGACCAAGAUCGUGCUUUAUCGAUUAUUAUCAAAUCGCACGAGGUGCAGAUCAGGGAUCUGGAGCUCACCGCUGCGGAUACAGACUCCGAUCGACUCGAAUGUGAGAUUGCUCGGCUCUAUAUCCGAAGUUUUUACUUUCUGAAGCAGGACAAGACAUCUUAUGCCACCAGUUUCGACAAGAUCCAACAAACAGCACGUCAGAUCAUCAGCAAAGUAAAGGAGCUUCUGCGCAACGUGUCUAAUCCAGUCUCGAUACCAAGUUAUAUCGUCUGCGCUUUUCUCUUCGCUUCAUACGCCCUGCUUCGCAUCCUAAAGUCGUCCAUUCCAUUUCUCUCUGGAGAAAGGGACGAGGCAGAAUCAUCACUCUUCUCGGCCAUUGGCCUGUUGAAGAGCCUGUCUAUCGACAGCAACGAUAUGUGCUCUAAGUCAUGCACGUACCUUACUAAGCUUUGGAACAGUUCGAGAGCUUUCAAAAAGGCAGAUGGCACAGACAUGUUAGAUCUAAGAGCUAGAAGCCGGCUUAACGGUAGCCAUGUGGUGGAUGCCAUCUGCUGGUGGAGAGAAGAGUUUGAUCCGCAUUUCAAGGUGCAGAUGCAGAAUUUGAAGCACAGUGCUCUUGGUGAGGUUUCAAAUGCUGACUGCCAAAAAGAUCCACUGCCUGGCCAAGGUGUCCAAACCGAACAACAACAGCCAACUAUGGACUUCGUGGACAAUUCUUUGUUCGACUUUGACUACUUCAUGGGCGGAGACCUUUCCUUCCCACAAGAUCUUUUCAACUUCCCAGGUUUGGAUGUCAUCGGUUCGAGCAAUACAUGA